GGUACAACAGGACACUACACCUUCUCAUGCAGGGUCUGGACAGAGAAUACUGUUUACAGGACCAGACGGCAUUGGAGAUUUCCGUCCCAAAUUGGACUAUUUCCCCCGCAGCAUUGGAAUUGGCCCAUUAUCUCCAGAUGCCACGAGUGACCUCAACUACCUCUUCCGGCCUGCAGCCACCGCGACCCCGCCGUUACCGAAACACCAAUACACCGGAGAAGUUGGCUGGGGUCUACAUUACAGCACUGCACUCAACAGGCGGACUACUGUCAUCAACCACACACUAUAUCAGGCACACUCAGCCCUGGUUUCGGGACAAGCAAACGACCUGCAGGAGGCUUGUUUGGAACCACGGCACACAUGAUACAUACAGCAAGGAUGACAACCAACAGUUCCCAUCUAAUGAAGUCUGCAGUAAAGGCAGUCAGUGCAUACGGAGAAAGCACAACCAGAUGCAUGACUUUUUCUCUAGAAUUUGACACAAGUCGAAUGAUUCUUGAAAGUGGUCAUUGAAUCAUUUAUUUAGUCAACUCUUUUGUAAAACUACAUUAAAUGCAUCUUUUUUUGCUGUA